GGGAUCGAACAAGCUUGGGAAAUAAGAAUCAAACAAGUAGAACAAGUUUGUUCAUAUAAUGACCAAGAAAUACAACAAUACAAAGUGAUUCAUGGAACUCGACAUUGACUCCUUUCUUGACUCCCACCCCUCCUCCGAUUCCGACGACGACUCUAACUCAGUCCCUCACCGUACCCUAGACGAAAUUCUCAACGACACCGAUUCCUCCACCCCACCAUCAUCACCGCCGUCUAUUCACCACCCAGAUCUCUCCCUCCCCAAAUCACACCACCGAAAUGAUUCAAUUUCUUCACAAGAUUCCACAAAACCACCAAAAACUAGUUCCUUCACUCGCCUCAAAACUAACGAAUCAACAGCUGAUCCUUUAUGGAGGGUUCCUUCUUCAUCUUCUAGGCAAUUGCCAUCCUUGUUUGGUGGAGUGCGUUCCAAUGCAAAACCGGGGGCGGCGCUUGCGGCUGCAGCCGCCGCCUCCCGCCCGGUGCCCACUCCACAUGCUGCCGCCUUAAAGUCGCGGAGAGCAGGAAGUGGGACGCUCCAGAAGGUUCUGGAUGGUGAUGAUCACGAAAUUUUUUCUGUAUCUUCCAAUGAAAUUAGCGUGUCCAGCGAGAAAUUGGAGGAAGAUGACGAGAAAAUGGGUGAUUUUCAAUCUGCUCAAGUAAGUGUUAGCGAAGAAUCAUCAAAUUUGCCUUGCAGUAAAGAUGAAGAUACUAAAUUAGAAUUAAUGACUAGUGAUGCUGAUGAAGAACAUUUAAAUACCAGUUCUAAUUUGAAUACCGAACAACUGGUUGAUUCCUCGUCACUUAUUGUUGAGGAGGAUUUGAAUUUGAGUAAAAAAUCUACAAUUGCAGGUUCAGAAGAUGUUUCUGAUAUGGAUAGAAAUAAAAAUGUUACCUCUGUUACUGGUGAUGAUGAUUCUAGUGAAAAUAAUGUUUCUUCUCCACCUGAGUCUGAUAAGGAUGGACAAAUGGAGGAGGUUCAGAUAUUGGAGAUGGAGAAUUCGGACAAUGGUCUGUCUAGCUGUAAAGAUGAUGUGGUGAGCACUGUUGGUGGUGGUGAUGCCAGUUCUAUAAGUGACAUUUCGGAGCUUGUAGAAGAAAGAAUUGGGCAGUUGGAGAGCGAGAUGAUUAGUAGAAGAGCUGAAAAGAAAUCACGGCCUUCCAUGAAGCCUCUUGAAUUGGCAGAGGAACUCGAAAAGAAGCAGGCAUCUACUGGUCUGCAUUGGGAGGAGGGUGCGGCUGCUCAACCCAUGAGGCUUGAAGGUGUCAGGAGAGGGUCAACCACGUUGGGAUAUUUUGAUGUUAACGCCAAUAACACUAUUACGCAGACUAUUGGAUCCCAGGCAUUUAGGCGUGAUCAUGGUUCCCCACAAAUCUUGGCGGUGCAUCUUAAUUUUAUUGCUAUUGGAAUGUCCAAAGGGGUCAUUGUUGUUGUGCCCAGUAAAUACUCUGCUCAUCAUCAUGAAAAUAUGGAUUCAAAGAUGGUUAUGCUUGGUUUGCUUGGCGAUCGAUCUCAUGCCUCAGUGACUUCCAUGUGCUUCAACCAGCAAGGUGAUCUGCUCUUAGCUGGUUAUGGUGAUGGUCAUAUUGUAGUUUGGGAUGUACAGAAGGCAUCUGCAGCGAAAGUUAUUACUGGAGAGCACACUGCACCGGUAGUACAUACAUUAUUUUUAGGGCAGGAUUCUCAGGUCACUCGUCAAUUUAAAGCAGUUACCGGUGAUUGUAAGGGCCUGGUUCUGUUACAUGCUUGCUCAGUGGUUCCCUUGCUUAAUAGGUUCUCCAUUAAAACUCAGUGUCUCCUUGAUGGACAAAGAACGGGUGUAGUACUAUCAGCUUCUCCUCUUCUUUUCGAUGAAUCUUGUGGAGGUGCUUUGCCAUCCUCUCACUCUCAGGGAAACUCUGCGGCUACAACCAGCAGUAUUGGUAGCAUGAUGGGAGGUGUCGUUGGGGCAGAUGCAGGUUGGAAACUCUUCAAUGAGGGGUCCUCUUUGGUUGAAGAAGGUGUGGUCAUAUUUGUCACCCAUCAAACUGCACUGGUGGUAAGGCUCACUCCCACUUUAGAAGUAUAUGCUCAACUUUCCAGGCCGGAUGGGGUUCGGGAAGGUUCCAUCCCGUACACUGCUUGGAAAUGUAUGAUGCCAUCUCGUGGUUCUUCAAUGGAAAGUACUUCUGCAGAAGCAGCAGAGAGAAUAUCGUUGCUUGCACUUGCUUGGGAUCGGAAAGUUCAGGUUGCAAAGUUGGUCAAAUCAGAGCUUAAAGUAUAUGGAAAGUGGUCCAUUGACAGUGCAGCUGUGGGUGUUGCUUGGUUGGAUGAUCAGAUGCUUGUGGUUCUUACAGUGACAGGACAGCUCUAUCUGUUUGCUAGAGACGGAACGGUAAUUCACCAAACAAGUUUUUCUGUAGAUGGUUCCAGAGGAGAUGAUCUAAUUGGAUAUCAUACCCACUUCAUUAAUGUUUUUGGGAACCCUGAGAAAUCCUAUCACAACUGUGUGGCUAUAAGAGGAGCUUCUAUAUAUGUACUUGGACCUAUGCAUCUUGUAGUUUCCCGCCUUCUUCCAUGGAAGGAGCGGAUUCAGGUUCUCCGAAAAGCAGGUGACUGGAUGGGUGCCUUGAACAUGGCUAUUACGCUGUAUGAUGGUCAAGCUCAUGGUGUUAUUGACCUUCCUAGAACCCUGGAUGCUGUACAGGAGGUCAUAAUGCCUUAUUUGGUUGAGUUGUUACUAUCCUAUGUAGAUGAAGUAUUUUCUUAUAUAUCAGUGGCAUUUUGCAACCAAAUCGAAAAACUGGAACAACUAAAUGAUACACAAAGUAGAAGCAGUUCUGUGCACACUGAAAUAAAAGAGCAGUUCACCCGUGUUGGUGGAGUAGCAGUUGAGUUCUGUGUCCAUAUCAAAAGGAUUGACAUCCUUUUUGAAGAAAUUUUCUCUAAAUUUGUGGCUGUUCAUCACAGAGAUACAUUUCUGGAGCUUUUGGAGCCAUAUAUUUUGAAGGACAUGCUUGGAUCUCUACCUCCUGAGAUUAUGCAAGCACUGGUAGAGCAUUAUAGCAGCAAAGGGUGGUUACAGCGAGUUGAACAAUGUGUCCUUCAUAUGGACAUUUCUUCUUUAGACUUCAAUCAGGUUGUCAGGUUAUGCCGGGAUCAUGCGCUGUACGGUGCUUUGGUGUAUCUUUUCAACAAAGGAUUGGAUGAUUUUCGGGCUCCUUUGGAGGAGCUGUUAGUAGUUUUACGAAAUUGUCAAAGAGAGAAUGCUGCUGCCCUUGGGUACAGGAUGCUUGUGUAUCUGAAGUACUGCUUUCAAGGUCUUGCUUUUCCACCAGGACAUGGAACUCUUCCUCCCACACGUUUGCCAUCUCUUAGAAAAGAACUGAUGCAGUUUUUAUUAGAGGAAUCCGAUGCUCAGAAUUCACAAGCAGCUUCAAGCUUAUCUGUUGGAGGAUUAUAUCUGAACCUGUAUCAUCUCUUGGAAUUAGAUACUGAAGCAACUUUAGAUGUUCUGAGAUGUGCUUUCAAAGAAGAUGCAACUCCACUAUCUGACAUUGCUUCACAUGAUUCAGCUGACGCAAAUAUGGAGGCUGACAAGGAACAGAACUCAAUGGAUAAAUGUCAGAAUAUGUUGGUUCAGAAUACUGUAAAUGCUCUUGUUCAUGUUCUUGACAAUGUUAUCUCCCAAAUAAAUGGGCCUGCUGGAAAUGAUGAUAGUGGAUCAGUUGAAACAUGGCCUUCACAGAAAGACAUAGGUCAUCUGUUUGAGUUCAUUGCAUACUAUGUUGCAUGUGGAAAAGCUAAUGUCUCAAAAAGUGUAUUGAGUCAGAUUUUGCACUACUUGACAUCAGAAAAGAAUGCAUCACCAAGUAAUCCCACACAUAGUGUUGAAACUUCUAGAAAAAGAGAAAAGCAGCUGCUAGCCCUACUGGAAGUAGUGCCUGAGACUGAUUGGAAUGCAUCUGAUGUGUUGCAUUUAUGUGAAAGUGCACAGUUUCACCAGGUUUGUGGCUUAAUUCAUACCAUCAGACAUCAUUAUCUUGCUGCUCUAGAUAGCUAUAUGAAAGAUUUUGAUGAACCGAUUCAUGCCUUCUCUUUCAUCAAUGAUAAAUUAGUUCAGCUGACCGACAAAGAACGUGCUGCUUUCCGUUCAGCAGUCAUCUCUCGGAUUCCAGAGCUGGUUGGCUUAAGCCGGGAGGGCACGUUCUUCUUAGUCAUUGACCAAUUCAGUAAUGAAGCUUCACAUAUCCUCUCUGAACUUCGUUCACAUCCAAAAAGUCUUUUCCUUUAUUUGAAGACAGUUGUAGAGGUUCACUUAUAUGGAACCCUGAACUUAUCCUAUUUAAGAAAAGAUGAUGGUAUAAUUGUUGCUAAUGGAAAAAGGGUGAAGUGUCAUUCGAAAGGAUUGGAGGCUUACAUGGAAAGAAUCUCUGAUUUCCCUAAAUUGCUGUGCAGUAACCCUGUUCAUGUUACUGAUGAUAUGAUUGAGCUUUACUUGGAGUUAUUAUGUCAGUAUGAACGUGAAUCAGUUCUCAAGUUUCUGGAAACUUUUGAUAGCUAUCGAGUGGAACACUGUUUACGCCUGUGCCAGGAAUAUGGGAUCAUAGAUGCUGCUGCAUUUUUAUUGGAAAGGGUUGGUGAUGUUGGAAGUGCUCUUUUACUUACACUUUCUGGGCUUGAUGAUAAAUUUCUUAGGCUUGAAACUGCUGUGGGAAGUGCAGUUUCUAGGGUGGUUAAGGGAUCAGUCAACAUGGAGCAUUUCAGCACAGUUUUAAAUAUGGAGGAGGUGAAUGACGUACGCAAUAUAUUGCACGCCUGUACUGGGUUGUGUCAGCGAAACACUCCCCGUUUGAAUCCUGAGGAGUCAGAAACGCUCUGGUUUAAAUUGCUUGAUUCGUUUUGUCGGCCUCUUAUGGGUGAUGAAAGGACAUCUGAAGGAGAAAAUGAUUCAAAAAUGCUGGAGGACCCAUUGUGCUUGCAAGAGGGUGAAGAAGCGUGUAUUAUCAAGUGGAGAAUUUCAAAGUCCCAUAGGGGUGCGUAUAUCUUGAGAAAAUUGUUCUCGCAGUUUAUCAAAGAGAUUGUUGAAGGAAUGAUAGGAUAUGUUCAUCUUCCAACCAUAAUGUCAAAACUCCUCUCUGAUAAUGGUAGCCAGGAAUUUGGUGACUUUAAACUUACCAUACUUGGGAUGCUGGGAACUUAUAGUUUUGAAAGAAGAAUUCUGGAUACUGCCAAGUCCUUGAUAGAGGAUGAUACAUUCUAUACCAUGAGCGUACUCAAGAGGGAUGCCUCUCAUGGCUACGCCCCUCGGAGUUUAUUUUGUUGUAUCUGUAACUGUCUUCUCACAAAGAAUUCUUCUAGUUUCCGCAUUCGAGUGUUUAAUUGUGGUCAUGCAACUCAUAUUCAAUGCGAACUUUUGGAAAAUGAAUCAUCAAGUAGAGGGUCCUUAUCUGGAUGCCCUCUUUGUAUGCCUAAGAAGAAUACUCAGAGGUCUAGAAACAAAUCAGUUGUUGCCGAGAAUGGUCUGGUGAGUAAGUUUUCAUCAAGAACCCAGCCAGCAUCAGGAACUACACUACACUUGCAUGAAAGUGAUACAUUUGAGAACCCCUAUGGAAUUCAGCUAUUAUCACGGUUUGAUAUCUUAAACAAUCUUCAAAAGGACCAGAGAUUAGCGCAGAUAGAAAACAUGCCUCAGCUAAGGCUUGCUCCACCAGCUAUUUAUCAUGAAAAGGUGAAAAAAGGAACUGAUCUUUUAACCGGAGAAAGUAGCAGUGCUCUUGCAAAAAUAGAAAAACCAAGUAAAAAUAGUCAAAUCAGGGACCUAAAAUUGAAGGGAUCUUCUCUUCGGUUCCCUCUAAAGUCAAGUAUAUUUGGCAAGGAAAGGACAAGCAGGCGGUGACACAAUGGAUGUGUAUAGACUAACAAUACCAGAGAAUGAAUCCCACCAGGGCUUCUCAAUAGUUGAUGAGUAUAUUUUUAUUUGCAGAGCGUUGAUGUGAUGAGAUACAUGUUAAUAAAAUCUACAUGGGCUGAGUUCUUAGUGUUUCCCUUGAGGAUUUUUUUCACUUAGAAAUAUUUUGGUAGAAGUCCAUUACCUUGUUUCGCGGCUCCUAGCGACAGUUCAGUUUUAUGUCUGUAACUUCUGUAAUUAAUGUGUAAAUACUAAAUACAAUGACAUAUAAUACUACACAUAGAGGUAAUUGAUCAUGGCUGAUUUUAAAUUAAAAAUAAAUUUUUACCUAAUUAUCUUA